AUGUUCUUCCCCGAUCCGUUUUGCCUAGGAGCUGACAACAUGAACCCACCAGACCGUCACCUGAAAGUUGACAUCCAUCUUGUGUGUCCGUCUGUGCUCGAUCGAAUCGUUAAGAAAGAUUACGGUGCUAUGUGCAUAGUCCUGCUCCGCUCUAAUUGUACCUGUCCAUAUUACGACGGCUUUCUUUCUACUCUUCUACAAUUAGGAAUGCCUACUUGCAAACAGAAAAUCGAUCCAGGAAAGUGCAAGGCUGCCAUUACAACGUACGGCUACAACAGUGAAACACAUCGCUGUGAGAAGUUCAUCUACGGUGGUUGCGGUGGCAACAUAAACAGGUUUGACACCCUGGAGAAGUGUCAAAAGAAGUGCGAAAAGAAACGACAUGGUCGACAUCAUUGA